GUUCGGCGCGGCGCUCGGAGCCCAUGUUGGGGCUGGCGCGGCCGCGGGCGCUCGGGACGGAGGCGCGCGCUGAGCCCGGGAUGAGGGCGCCCGCGCUGCUGACCUGCUGCUGCUGGCUGCUGGUCCCCGUAAACAGUAUUCACCCGGAAUGCCGAUUUCAUCUGGAAAUACAGGAGGAAGAAACGAAAUGUGCAGAGCUCCUCAGGACUCAGACAGACAAGCACACAGCCUGCCCUGGUGUCUGGGACAACAUCACCUGCUGGCGCCCUGCGGAUGUCGGGGAGACCGUCACAGUGCCCUGUCCCCAGGUGUUCAGCCAUUUCUACAGCAAACCAGGAAACAUAAGCAAAAACUGCACGCGGGAGGGGUGGUCGGAGGCGUUUCCCGACUUCAUCGAGGCCUGCGGCUACAGCGACCCUGAGGAUGAGGGCAAGAUCACAUUCUACGUCCUGGUGAAGGCCGUCUACACGCUGGGCUACAGUGUCUCUCUGGUGUCUCUCGCCACGGGAAGCGUGAUUCUCUGCCUCUUCAGGAAACUGCACUGCACCAGGAACUACAUCCACCUGAACCUGUUCCUGUCCUUCAUCCUGAGAGCCAUCUCAGUGUUGGUCAAGGACAAUGUCCUCUACUCCAGCUCGGGCACCCUGCACUGCCCUGACCAACCAUCCUCAUGGGUCGGCUGCAAGCUCAGCCUGGUCUUCUUCCAGUACUGCAUCAUGGCGAACUUCUACUGGCUGCUGGUGGAGGGGCUCUACCUGCACACCCUGCUGGUGGCCGUCCUCCCCCGCGGCAGCUGCUUCCUGGUCUACCUCCUGAUCGGAUGGGGCAUCCCUACCAUCUGCGUAGGCGCGUGGACCGCCACCCGGCUCUCUCUGGAAGACACAGGUUGCUGGGACACCAAUGAGCACAGCGUCCCCUGGUGGGUGAUCCGGAUGCCCAUCCUGAUUUCCAUCCUGCUCAACUUCAUCCUCUUCAUCAGCAUCAUCAGGAUUCUACUGCAGAAGCUGAUGUCCCCGGAUGUUGCCGGCAAUGACCAGUCUCAGUACAAGAGGCUGGCCAAGUCCACGUUGCUGCUCAUCCCACUGUUCGGCGUCCAUUACGUCGUGUUCGCCGCCUUCCCGAUCGGCAUCUCUGCCAAGUACCAGAUCCUGUUCGAGCUGUGCGUCGGGUCCUUCCAGGGCCUGGUGGUGGCGGUUCUCUACUGCUUCCUCAACAGCGAGGUGCAGUGUGAGCUGAGGAGGAGGUGGCCAGGCCUGCGCCCGCCCCAGCCCAGCAGCCGGGACUACCGGCUGCACAGCUGGUCCAUCUCCCGGAACGGCUCCGAGAGCGCGCUGCAGACCCACCGCGACUCCCGCACCCAGUCCUUCCUGCAGACGGAGACGUCGGUCCUCUAGCCGCAGGAUUGCUGCGGAGCAGGCCGAGCCUGGGGUCUCCAGGGGCCUGCCGCUUCCUCCUGCCCCUGCGAGGCCCUGAUCCCGCUGCGGGCGGUGGUCAUGUGUUGGCUGGCGGUCGCUGGGCAGCAGCACCUGGACCACUUUGUCCAGAAUGUGCAGUUGCACAGGCGGAUCCAUGUUCAAGGGGGCCAGGUGGCCCGACCCCAAGACCAGGUGGUGGCCAGCCCGGCCGCUCUGCAGGGAGGAGUUUCUUUCCCCGCUGCCUCCUGCAGUCACCAGGCCCCAGCCACUCUGGGCACUACCACCCCAGCAUCUGACCCCUUCCGCAGCCUCCUGCCUCUCCUGGCCCCACAGGACACUCACCCAGCAGCCGGGUCAGAGCUCCUGUGAAAUUACUGGCCAGCCAGGGCAGACCGGGGGCAGCCACCCUCCCCAGUGCUCUCCUGGUCCCAGCCUGGCCACCCCCCAGGGGACCUGGGAAGUGGCAGCAUUCUCCAGGGAGGGCUUUUGCAUUUCGGUGGCCUGGGCAGCUCAAGCACAGCACCUCCCACGGGGGCUGAGGGACAUUCUUGGGGGCAACAGGAACCCUGUUCUCUGCUGAAGCAAAAUGAUCUUCAGAUGACUUCUGUUUAAAUGGAGGUUCCUUUACUGACAUCUGAAGUGGUGUCCAGCACUCCCAGCCGAUUCCUGUAAACGGUUCUCUUUCUGCUCCUUUGACACUUGCAGAGUGGACAGGUAGGGCUGGGGUUCCCUGACCUGGCCACAGAGCACACGGGUGGAGCAGGUCCCCGCCAGUCCCCUUGCCAAGCGCUGGUCCCCAGCACCCCGGACCCACGGACGCCCAGCCCAGGGAGGGCACCACUGCAGCCAUCCGCUCCCUUAAGAGAGGGCUGUGCGAUCUCUGCUGUGGCCUCCGGUCCUACGGCUCCCAGCUGGCCCAGAGGCCCACACUGUCACCGCCAUGCCAGGGCCAGGAGGCAGGAUGGAGGCCCACUCCCGCAUCCCAGGAGAAAUGACAGGGGGAAGGGACAGCAGGGCAGUGAGCACCCAGAGGCCCGCCCAGGCCCAGUGUCCGGCUCCCGUCCUUCACGCCCAUCCCUGGACACUUGCCCCAGCCUGCUGUAGACAAGCCCUAGUGUGCAGUGGUGGGUGCCCGAGGACAGGGGGCAUCCACUGUCCAGGAGCUGGAGGGGCAGGGGUAUGGGGAGCCAUGGCCUCAGCCAGGGACUGCUCAGAGUCGCGGACAGUGGCUGUGGGGCAUCGAGAGGAAGCAGUGGACACUGGAGACCCUGGGAUCAGUCCUGCUGUGUGAGGCGCGGCCAGCCUGGGUCCCUGUUCCAGCAGUUUUGAGGAGCCCAGCUUUGCUGUGACUGCAGACGUCCUGUGGGCAGAGGUGGACCCCACGCUGUGACCCGAGCAGACCCGGAGGACUGCGGGCAGGCAGCAGUGGCUCGCCGGCAGUCACUGGCCGUGCGCAGGGCACGUAGAUGUGCCCGGGGACAGGUCCCCUCAGCCAGGCAUCUGCCAAGGCUGAGCAGAGCACAGCGGCCUCUCUUGCCGGGAAGGCAGAGGGGAGGCUGGGAACUGAGUCUUGACGGAACCAAGGAGCCAGGUGCAGCCGCGGGUGCACGCAUGUGCUUGAGUGUCUUGAGUGUGCAGGAACCUCCACAGACCACCAUGUUGAGGGACGAGCUGUGUAGAUUCUGCAAUAAACCUGUAUCUGA